GGUCGAGCGAGAGAGAGAGAGAGAGAGAGACACACACACACAGAGGGGGAGGUUGGUUCCUGAUACGGAGACACGGAAAAGCAGGGGAGGGAGAAUUACAGAAAAAGACGAGCGUGGAGAGAGGGAGACAGCGAGCAGGGGAAUUACACUGACCGACACACACGCGUCUCCCAGCUGACUGCUGACAUUGUUGACUUGCUCACUCUCUCAAACCUGUCACGAGCAAAUACUGGAGCUCCAAAGCAUCGACAUCGCGCUCCCCCAGAACUCAUGGGUUAACAGACUCUGUUCAGGAGAAGCAGCCACCCGUUAGUCCAAUGAAUAACCGGAAGGAAGACAUGGAGAUCACGUCGCACUACCGGCAGCUCCUGCGGGAGCUGAACGAGCAGCGGCAGCACGGCAUCCUGUGUGACGUGUGUGUGAUCGUAGAGGGCAAGAUCUUCAAGGCGCACAAGAACGUGUUGCUGGGCAGCAGCCGCUACUUCAAGACACUUUAUUGCCAGGUGAAAAAGGGUUCAGAGCAGCAGGCCACCAUCACGCACCUGGACAUCGUCACAGCCCAAGGCUUCAAGACCAUCCUUGACUUCAUGUACUCUGCCCACUUGGCGCUCACAAGCAAGAAUGUGAUUGAGGUGAUGUCAGCUGCCAGCUACCUGCAGAUGACCGACAUUGUGCAGGCAUGUCACGGCUUCAUCAAGGCAGCGCUAGACAUCAGCAUUCGCUCCGAGCUCGCGGAUGAACUAGCGGAUAUUGAGAUGGGUAACGUGGUGAGCUCUAUCGGAAGCGGGGCGGGGCCUGGUGUGGGCGGAGCCUCGGAGGCACUGGCGUCCAUGAUCUCGGCCCGCAGCUCCUCGCCGUGGCUGGCCAGGCGCACUAGUCCAGCAAAUUCAUCUGGAGACUCGGCCAUCGCUAGCUGCCACGAAGGCAGUAGCAACUACGGCAAAGAGGACCAGGAACCCAAAAGCCAUGAGAGCCAGGAGGAUGCUUGUUUGCAGCCCUUGUGGCCUGCUGAUUACCGUUCUGUCCAGGUCAAAGAGGAGCAGGUCUCCCCCUCCAAUCUGCAAGACGGGGCUGGCCGAGGGGCACAAGGCACACCCGGAGAGCAAGGUGGAAGAGGAGAGGGGGGCUGGCAACCCCCUGGCUCGGGCCGCAGGAAGAACCGUAAGAACAAGGACACAGUCAGGCACAUAACCCAGCAGAAUGAAGGGGACAGUCGGACAGCAUCGCCACUACCGUCCAUGCUCUCCACCCCUGGCUGGAGCUACGGAAACCAGGACAUUCCAGGUGCAGAAGUGACGGAACCCAACAUGUCCGACAGCCGCAGCGAGCGCAUGGACCUCCUGGUAAAGCAGGAGGAGGCCGCAGCGGGAGACAGCGGGUUUCUGUCCGGGGAGCGGGAUGAGGCCGUGGCCCAGGAGAGAGGGGGCUCGGUGGCCAACCUGCGUGCCGCCCUCAUGAGCAAGAACAGCUUGCUGUCUCUGGGGGCAGAGAUGCUCGGAGAGGAGAACCCGCUUCUGUUCGAAUACCUGCCCAAGGGAGGACACUCUCUAUCCCGGCCUCGUUGCUCCAAUGGCAGCAGCAGCUCCCACCAUCCAGGGGCCCUGUUUGAUAGCAAACACGGGGCGUCUUCAUCUUCUCUUCAGUCUACUCUUCCUCCUCUUCCUCUUCUACUGCCACCUCCGCCAUCAGUGCCGCGGCCCCCAGGGGCCCUCGAUAUGUCACCGUCUGGGGGCCCCCCAGACAAGCUCUAUGUGGAACAGGCCCUGAAGGCCUCACCCACUGAGGAGGAAAUGCAAGAGGAAGACAACAGUCCAAAUAACAAUGCAGGGCUGGAGCGCAUCCAGGUUCCUGUAGAGGAAGAUCAGAUGGUGGAGGAGAAGCAUGGAGUGUGUGUGGCGGAGGUGCAGGGCGGAGGGCCGGGCUGGCGGCAGGAGCUCGCCUGCUCUCUGUGUAAGCAACUGUUUAGCAGCCUGCUUCAACUGAGACAGCACGAAUACAGCCACACGCUCUCGCUCAUGGCCCUCUCGCUGGACUGCCUCGACCACCAUCGCCCCAUAGUGGCCGCGUCCCCUCUCAACCCUCCGCCAGCACGCUACCACUGCUCGCAGUGUCCCGCCAGCUUCACCCUCAAGUCCAACGCCGACCGCCACGAGAAGACCAUCCACCUCAAACGGAAGCUGAUGCAGUGCGUGUACUGCCUCAAGCACUUUCGCGACCGCACGGACCUGAACCGCCACCUGUCGUCCGUGCAUUCCAGCGAGCGUGUGUACACGUGCCCCGCUUGCUCCCGAACCUUCAGCACGCAGAAAAACCUGGCCACCCAUGGCAAGGUUUGCUGUCAGUCGGGAAUCUCGCCCACCGAGCAGCUGUGGAACCUGCACGGCUUAAGGGAAGAUGACCACGACCACAUUCGUAUAGACGACUGAUUCUCCAAACCAGCAACACACUUCAUUUCAAUAAGGGAAUGUUUUACAAACUUCAGGUCAUCCCAAUUCAGGCCUUUCCUAACUUUGGGCCACAGCACUGUUUCUACAUUUCUUUUUACUGUAUGUCAGAUUUAUAUGUUUUUGAAAUAUCUAAAUCGUCAGGUUUUUUAUGACUACUGCAUAUGGCUGCUGAUAGGCACAAUUGCUAUGCAAAAUAAAGAUGUUUUAUGGCAUUUCUCAUUGCAUAUAGUGCUGUCUGCUUUUUGUACCAUGCAGAAUUAUUCAAGUUCUCAUUGAAGACUGGAGAACAUAGUGAUCUCGGUGCAUUGAAUGCCAAUGCUUUUUCAUUUUGGGUGGCUUUGCACCCAUCUACCAGCGAACUAAUCUUAUUAUGCUUAGACUGCAAUACGGACUCAGGCACAGGGGUCUCUGUAACUGGUCGAGAUGUUAAGUAGUGAAUUCGGCUGUUAAACCUGUGCACAAUGCUGCCCUCUGGAGGGCAAUCUCUCUCUUGCAUUCUGCGCUUGAGUGAAAGGAGAUGAUUAGGGAUGAGGAAAGAUUAGGGAAUGUCCUAAAUCUUUCACCCUGUUACGUCUUUUUCAAGUGUGUGCACACGAGUAUGCAAGUGCACCGAAUUAUGUCAGUAAUUAGCUCUUCUCUGCUCUUACCCAUGCUGACCCUAAAUCGCACAGUUAAAAAGAGAUGUAAAAGGAAAAGAGUCCUUUAAAGUUGUGAUCCGUCCUUGUGUGAUCUCACACUAGUCUCCAAUUCAUGACUCUUAACACAGCCAGAGGAGAAGAGAAAGGGGAUUGAGGGUGUUUUGUGGGCCCUUGCUAACAUAGAUGGAAGUUUACCCACUUUUAGUGACUGUUAAAGAUGGAAGUGUCUAAAGUGAAUUAAGAUCUUUUCUUUAUCUUAAAAGUUAGCUGUGUCAUUGAGUGGUCAAACCACAAACUUAUCUAGUAGAGAGUUCUGGGAAAUCUUUUCUGCAAUCUACACUUGUAGGCAAAGUAUACACUUGUAUACCUGGAGGCAAAAUUAUAUUAAUUUUGAUUUUCACACACAGCAUAUGUCAUACUGUUAUGACAUGUUCACUAGUGUAUCAGUGGGUGCUUACACAUUAGAGGAAGCUCUGAUAGAGCAUUUGGCAGGUAAGGGAAGUGUUAGAUCCAUUUUGAGAGUGUGAAAGAGUUUAGAAGUUAGUUAGAAAUCAAGCGGAAAUACAGCGAAUGGAUUUCUGAAACUCGACUCUCCUCUCUUAGAAUCUCUGCGAUUGGUCAUGCCUGUCAGUGCGCAUUGCAGCAAAAGUUAACAUUUUCGCAACUUUUGAGUGUCAUUGGCAUUUUUCUUCUUUGUCUUUGUGAUGUGUCCUAACUGAAAUCAUUGGUUUUGCAGUGCUUUCUGAUGCAGGGUAAACUCUAGUGUGUAGGCGCCCUUAUGCAGUAGAUCUAAUUUGGCAGUAACUGUGAAUGUGUCAACAUCAUUCUUACUGACAACGUAAUGAAAAAGAAAAGUGGAUUAUUGUCACACUAAGACCACCCUAAAAUCACCCUGCAGUCUUGUACCCAAGUCUCCCAGAGGUCUCUUCAUUUAUUUUUUUUUCCUCUCAGAAAAUAUGGAGACAUUUAUCUGGCAUCUUGAUCAUGCUCUGCUCUGAUAUACUUUUUGUGUAGACUAUCCAAUGUGUGUCAUAUGUAAAGCUUUAUUUGUUUAUCAAUCAGCACGUCUGCUUAGAACACAACUUUCCAAAGUCGCGUUUCCACCACAGGAACUUUCCCCAGGAACUAGGGACUUUGGGGUGGUACUUGGUGUGUUUCAACCACAGGGACUAAAUUAAGUCCUGGGUAAAAAUUUCCCCCUCAGAAAGUCCCUGGUCACGAGGUAGUACUUUUUCAAAGAUCAGGAACUUUCGGGGGUGGGACUUGGGCGCUGAACAUGCUGAUUGGUUGAGUUCACUCAGCAUUUUGAUUGGUUGACUCCACACAGCAUUUUAUUUCAACCACCAUUUUUAAAAGUCUGUUGCGGUGCAGUAAGAGUUGUUUGCUAUCUGAAUCAACAAUGGAGUUUAAAGAAUAUGACCGAUGGACCGACGAUGAGGUUCAGGCUUUAUUAAGCUUUAUAUGCAGAGGACGAAAUCCAGUGGGAACUGGAAAUGGCAACCCGCAAUGAAAAGGUAUACCUGAAAAUAUACUGUACAUCCUAUGCCACCGGACUAAUUUGACUAAUCUUCACAGUACUUUAGACCACGAUGGAAAUGCAGACAGCAACAGGUCUAGGGGAAAAAAAACUCCUGGGACAAAUUGUUCCAGGUAAUUUUGGUGGAAACGUGGCUCAAUUUCAAAGUGAAAGCUUGAUAUAACGGUUAUCUUUCAAACUGUUAAACGUGGUGCUGUGUUGUAGAGCUGUCAAAAUGGCUGAAAAACUACAUUCGUAUUUUUUACUUAAAUAUUGCUAAUAUUCGAAUUGUAUUUGAAAUUAAAAGGCAUAAUUUCAGUUAGGGGAAAAAGCUUUUGGCUCGUCUCCUGAAGCCACAAGAGGGCGCAAUGAGCAAAAUAUUAAUGCGCCUCAUUAAAUUUAUUCAAAGCAAUGAAAUAACUGACUGUCUGUAAAUAAGUGUGUAACGUUUAAACUACCGUUUAUGAAUCAAAUAUAAUUUCGUAAAUUGCAUAAACAAUUGUGAACAAAACACAGUACAAAUAAUACAAAGAGCCAAAGAGCCAAACACACAGAGUAGGUUUAUUUUGCAUUUAAAAACAUGAUAUGCAGUGGUGUGGAAAAACCCCCCAGUCUCGAGACGUGUUUUUUAAAAGUUGAACGUCUUUUAACUUCACAUGGCUUUCUAAACAUGCAGCUCUCUUGUGUGAGGUGAAAGAUGUCCGUCUAGCGCAGGUUUACAUAUAAAACAAUGGAAAAGCAGCGUUCUGUGUAAACGGCUUGUUACAGCUUUUGAUGUACCCAUGAUCUUCUCCGCAUUGAGCUUCUCGAUUUCUGCAGUGUAUUGAAUGAACGACAAAGCAGUGCCGCAUUUAGUGGGUUUAACUGGAUAGGCUAAAACAUUAAGACUCUUGCAUCAUUGUCACAUCUUAUGCGCCACUGAUAAUGCUGUAUGAUACACACCUUUUGUUUGCUCCCUUUUGUGGAUUUUUAUUUUAAAUUUGACGAAUAUUCGAAAUUCGAAUUUUGAUUUGACAGCCCUACUGUGUUGAAUGUGGGGUGAUUUGUGAAAGGAAUCACUGUUCAGCACCUAUGCAAAGAGAGAGAAUGAGAGACAUUUGCACUGCAAGUUUUCAAGGUCUUAGCACUUUCUCCUCAGGAAAUGAAAAGACUGAUGAACUCAUAUAGUUUCAAGAGGAUUGAACGGUGGGUGUAAAAACAUCAGAAAUCUCAGUCACAACUGUUUUGAAUUGCACUAUUUUUAUUACUGAAAUGAACUUAAGCACAGAUUUCUGUAAAUGAUGUAUUCUGGAGCAAUUCUAUUGUGUAACUGGUUGGUUGUAAUUUUGUAGACAAUAAAUUUUUCUGUAAAGCAUCACAAAAA